AUGCCAUCUACGGGAUGUCAAACCUUGGGAAUCUGCCUGGCUACGGUCGGCUUCUUGGGAAGCAUCGUCAUCUGUGGCUUGCCCAACUGGAAGGUGUCUGCCUUCAUUGGAGCCAACAUUGUGACCUCGCAGAUCAUUUGGGAAGGUUUAUGGAUGAACUGUGUGGUUCAGAGCACAGGACAGAUGCAGUGUAAGGUCUAUGACUCUCUGCUGGCUCUUCCCCAAGAUCUGCAGGGCGCCAGAGCCUUGGUGAUCAUCGCCAUCAUCGCUGGGGUGUUUGGAAUCAUCCUGAGCAUCGUAGGAGGAAAGUGCACCAACUUUGUGGAAGACGAGGCAUCUAAAGUGAAGGUUGCUAUCGCCAGUGGCAUCAUCUUCAACAUUGCUGGACUUCUUGUCCUCAUCCCUGUCUGCUGGACUGUGAAUACCAUAAUCAGGGACUUCUACAACCCUUUGUUGGUGGAAGGUCAGAAGAGGGAGCUUGGGGAAUCGCUUUACGUUGGCUGGGCUUCUGCAGGUUUGCUUCUUCUGGGUGGAGGUCUCCUCUGCAGCUCGUGCCCACCACGUGAGGAUGAUCGCCAUAAUGUCAUGUAUUCAAAAGCCAGGUCUGUGGAAAGCAGCAAAGCUUAUGUAUAA